GAACAGAGAGGCCACUACUAUAAAGUAUAAUGUUUUUGAAAACCCUAUUUUUCGGUGUAAUACUAAUGUAUUGAAAGAAAAAUAUACAAAUUUACUCAAAGAAUGAAAUUUAUAAAAUUUUGACUUCGCUGUAAGAGGAUGAUAUACAUAUAUUUCUGAUACAGCUAACAUCAAGCAUAUAUAAUUCUACAUGUCAUCAGAGACGUCUCUCUGCAAGAGAGGAAUAACACUUACUCAUACUCGUCUCUGCUACUAGUGUUACUGCAUCAUCAUUCAUUUUUCAUUAUAUCUGAAGGAAAAUGGUAUUUUUAACUGCCCAAUUAUUUUUGAGAAGUCGAGGUCCCGAUGAAUUCUGGCGAAAACGUCAAAUAUUCAAGCUCGCUGCGCAUUAUAUUGGAAGGAGAAGAAAUUGUUAUAGUAUAGCCAUUAGAAAUGUACACAGAGCAUUACUAAAGUCUACAAUAGGGAGACGACUGAAAAAAGACGAUAUGAAAGAGCUUUGGGAAACCAGAAUAAAUAGUGCAGCAAAGGAACAUAAUAGUAAUAUAAAGAUUCUAUUAGAAGGAUUAGGCAGAUGUAAUAUUUUAUUAAAUCGUAAAUCUUUAUCAACAUUAGCUACUUGGGAACCACGAACAUUUAAAGGUUUAUCUGAUAUUGCUUGCGCAAAAACAAAACUAGGAGGAUUUAAAAGAGUUGCUAAUAGAUCUAUGCCUGAAACUGUUGUAGUUGAAGGAUUAAUUGACGAACUGGAUUGAUAAAAUUGUUGCAAAAUAAAUAAUUAAACUUACAUUUUAUUGUAACAUUUAUUGAGUUACUACUGAUUAUAUAUUUACGAGAAGUAUAUACUUUUUAAGAACAAUAAAAUAAGGUGUAAAGUUUACUAUUAAUUGCAGAGUAAUAAUAUUUCAUUACAGCAACAUGACUUAGAUCUUUCUCUGUACAAACAACAAGAAAAUAUAUAAGUUAAUUCUUUA